CCGGUCAUGUGACCCAGAGGCUUCCAGGCAGGGUAGUAGUUGUCUGUGUCGGGUGGCAGCUGUCUUUUUCAUCUCGAAGACUCUGCAGGAGGAGGACAGCAGCAAUGUGCACCAGCGUCCAGCCCACUGAGUGGACCAAUGACCUCAGAAACCAGAACUUUGAUGGCAUCGUCUUAGUGACCGAGAGCCAUGACACCCUCCCCGCUGAGCUGGAGUCUCUGAAAGCCCCGCUGCAGGAUUACAGCUCUGUGGACAGUGGGUUGGCGGAGGAGGUGGUGCUUAUCAAAGUUCCCGGUCUUCCAGGGAACCGGCUGAUAUUUGCCUCCACUGGGCCGGUGAACCGGGACUACGAUGACAUCAGACGCUUUAAUGACGCGGCCGUCAACGGCAUCAAGCGUGCCUUGAAAGCGGGCAUGCAGCGCCCCCUGCUGGUUUGCCCUCCACACAGGGACUACAAGAACAGCGCCUUGGCGGCUGCCCUUGGUGCCCUUCAUGCCCUCUACAUGCCGCUCGAAGUACGAGAGGCGAACAUCAAGUCGUCCGACCACAAGGUGUGCGUUCUGGGGCUGUGGGCGGCGCAGGAGGCCGAGGGAAGGAGGCUGGUAGAGCUGGCGAAUGCUCUGGAGAGCGGGAGACUGGCUUACCGCGACAUCGGCGGCUCCGACCCAGAGCGCAUGGCAGCGCCUCGCGUGGCCGAAUACGUCCAGGAGCUGUUCAAGAACAGCCCUGUGGAGGUGGAAGUGCUGAGCGACGUGAAGAUUCUGGAGAAGGAGUAUCCCUGUCUGGCUGCAGUGAACCGCUGUGCACACAGUGUACCGCGUCAUCAGGCCAGAGUUAUCAAGCUGCAGUACUGUGGAGAGGGACCGAUCCAGAAGACCCUCAUGCUGGUUGGAAAGGGCAUCACCUACGACACCGGAGGAGCUGACAUCAAGGCUGGAGGCUUCAUGGCCGGGAUGCACAGGGACAAGUGUGGAGCUGCUGCUGUUGCUGGAUUCUUCCAGAUUUUAGCCCAUCUGAAGCCAAGCCAUCUGAAGGUUGUCGGUGCGAUGACCAUGGUGAGGAACAGCGUGGGUGCAGACUGCUACGUGGCAGACGAGCUGGUGGUCUCCCGCGCGGGUCGCCGAGUCCGCGUGGGAAACACGGAUGCAGAGGGACGUAUGGUGAUGGUGGACCUGCUCUGUGAGAUGAAGGAGAAGGCGGCGCAGGAGGUUUCUCCGCAGCUCUUUACGAUCGCGACUCUGACCGGUCACGCCAUCAGAGCCAUGGGACCAAACUACUCCAUCAUCAUGGACAACGGGCCGGCCCAUCGCAACGGGAACGCCGCUCAGUGGCAGAAAGCUGGUGAGGUGUUGGGGGACGUGUUUGAGAUUUCCCGCAUCAGACGGGAGGACUACGAGUUCCACAAGGGACCGUCUGAGUACGAGGACAUCCUGCAGUGCAACAACCUCCCGUCCUCAGCAACACCCCGAGGACACCAGACCCCUGCAGCUUUCCUCAUCAUGACCUCAGGCCUUGACAAGCAUGGAGUGGAUUCAGCUGCACCUCUGCCCUACUCCCACGUUGACAUCGCUGGGUCAAGUGGUCCUUUCCCUGGAGUCCCAACAGGAGCGCCCAUCAUCGCCAUGGCAGCGCACUACAUCCUUCAAGAUAGUCUCUAAAAAUACUGACAAAAAAAAAAAAAAACAUGUUAUGUACCUGUUCAAACCUUAACACGCCUAAUCUAGCAUUACAGACCCUUCUUAAAAGCUCAGGUUUAUUUUUCUCUGUUUCUAACUGUAGUUAACGCUCCUGUCUGAACAAUAGGUGGAGGUAACCUGUAAAGUGGACUGUACUAGUAAACUCUCAGGGGUUACAUUUAGUCAUUUAUGAGGGGGUGUACUGAGAAACCAGGGUUUGUUCACUGUUCAAUAAAAAAAAAAAUUGGGUUUUG